AUGUGCCUGGCCAGCCAGCUACUCAUGCAUCCCCUCCACCGCUCCCUUCGGCUUGGCUGCAGCUACAAGCCAUGGCGGCCUCCUGGGGUCAGGCCACUCGUGUCCAUCUCCCACAGGUCCUCUGGCAGAGAGGGUGACGAGGACUCCCUGAGCAAGAGGGAGCGGAAAGGUUUUAUCCAGAACCAGCUGUUCAUGGGGGAGAAGCUGCAGAAGCCUGAAUUUGGAACGCUGAUGGCCGACCUGGACCAGGACAAGGAUCAGGUGGUGAACUUCCAGGGAUAUGUCACUUCUGGGGCCUUGGCUAUGCUCUGCCAUGAGGUUCUCGGUGGUUAA